UUCGGCUCUACCUCGUUGUUUGUUUAUUUUUUUUUCUGGAUGAUCAUCGUUUUUUCGCUAUUUUAUUCUCCAUUUGAUUCAACGAAAAACAACAAUGUCCGAUGAUCUUUUACUCGAUCCCGAUAUUCGGGUAUGGGUGUUUUUACCCAUUGUUAUUAUUACAUUUUUUGUUGGCAUUCUACGUCAUUAUGUAUCGAUAUUGCUUCAUUCAAAUAAAAAAAUCGAAUUACAGCAAGUAGUCGAUAGUCAAGCUAUGAUUCGUAGUCGAUUGCUAAGAGAAAAUGGUAAAUACAUUCCCAAACAGUCAUUUUUGAUGCGAAAACAUUUCUUCAAUAAUGAAGAGAAUGGCUAUUUUAAAGAAGGUCAAAAAAGGAAUUCGACACCACCAAAUCCAAUGACCGAUCCAUCAAUGAUGACCGAUAUGUUGAAAGGAAACAUAACGAACGUAUUGCCCAUGAUAUUGAUUGGUGGUUGGAUCAAUUGGACAUUUUCUGGUUUCGUUACGACCAAAGUUCCUUUCCCGUUAACAUUACGUUUUAAACCAAUGUUACAGCGUGGUAUUGAACUUUUGUCAUUGGAUGCAUCAUGGGUAUCUUCGGCAUCAUGGUAUUUUCUAAAUGUAUUCGGUUUACGUUCAAUAUAUAUGCUAGUCUUGGGUGAAAAUAAUGCUGCCGAUCAAAGUCGUAUAAUGCAAGAUCAAAUGUUUGGUGCCGCAAUGUCAAUGCCAGCCGAUUCUAAACAGGCAUUUAAAGCCGAAUGGGAAGCAUUAGAAAUCUGUGAACAUAAUUGGUUAUUAAAAAAUGUUGAUAAUGAACUCAUUGCUUUUAAUAAUAAUAAUAAUAAUCAUAAUCUUCAUAAUAAUCUUCAGUCAAUC